AUGUCUGCUACUACUCUUGCUACUGCUGCUGCCUGUCUUGGAAUUUCUUCAAAAUCGCCAGAGGAUUUACCAUAUGAGAGAUUCAAAACUCUCAAGCAAAAAUGUAUCAAACCCCAAAACUAUGAUGCUGUGAGGGCCUCUUGGAAAAGGCUACUUAUUUCUAUGUCAAAAGAACUUGAUAAGAUUUCAGGUGAAGACUAUAUCCCACAAGUCAAUUUCGAGGACAUUAUCGCUAACAAUUUGCAAAUACCGCCAAAGACAGUAGAGGAUUUAAAGAAAAAAGGUUGUUUGAUAAUUCGUGACCUAAUUCCUGAUAAAGAAGCUAUUGGAUGGAAAAAUAGGAUUUUAGACUACUUUGAAAAGCAUGGAGAUAUCACUGGGUCUCCCGAAAGUGGUCCAAGUAACUGGUACGUUCACUGGUCUCAAUCGCAAGUUGAAGCAAGAGCACAUCCUCGAAUGGUUCAAUUGAUGAAAGCAGUAGGAGAUGUGUAUUCUAACGUUAACUCAGAUGAUCCUAUUGAUAUGAUGUCCCAAGUCGUUUACGCUGAUCGGGUUAGGGUUAGAUCACCUGGUAAACAAGUGACUCUCAACUUACACGCUGACAGUAGCAGCAUAGAGCGUUGGGAAGACGAUGGGUAUCGUGAUGUUUAUCGUGAGAUUUUUGAAGGAAAUUGGGAACAAUGGGACCCGUAUGUAAUCAACAAGCGCCUUCUAUCUAUUCAAGAUCUUUACGAAGGUGUUAGCGCCAAUGGCUCUACUUGCAGUGUUUUUAGAUCAUUUCAAGGUUGGCUAGCGCUCAGUGAUGCCAAGAGUGGUGAAGGUACUAUCAGAUUUUUGCCUGAUUUGAAACAUGUGAUACCAUAUAUCUUGCUAAGGCCCUUCUUCUGGAAUGAUAUAACUGAUGAAAUUGAUGUUACCAGUACGAAGUUUCCUGGUGCAACUCCGGGCUCUGGCCAAUUCAUGGCUUAUGAUGAGGGUUUGUUUCCACAUUUGAAACACAAUAAAUCUGUAGUUGGAAUUGCAGAUGUGAAGCCUGGAGAUUUUGUAUUGUGGCAUGCAGAUCUUUUACAUGAAGUUGACAAAGAACAUAAUGGUGCUGAAGAUUCCAGUGUGAUGUUCAUCGCUCAUACACCUCUCUGCGAAUAUAAUAUUCAGACUUUGUUGAAUAGUAGAGACGCUUUUUUAAACGGCUUAAAACCUAAAGACUUCGUCUAUGAGUUAAAGUAUGGACCAGAUGAAAGUUUGUAUGAAGAUCGAGGUAAACAGGAAAACAUUUUGUCAGAUGAAGGGUUAAUGGCUUUGGGCUUGAAAAAAUUUAAUGUCGAUGAAGAGAACAUCACUUCGGGUCAAAAGAAAAUUCGAAAACUAGCUAAUAGUAUUCUCUUUCCAGAAAAAGAACAAAAACGUAAUUAA